UUCGGGCGAUCGAGAAGAGUCAAUGCAAUGCUCUCAUCAUCAGUCUGAUCAGCCAGCGCCUAUAAAUUAAUCGUAGCAGCAGCACAUCACAAGGCACAAGCUAGUAGCGAAGAGAUCUAUCUGUUGCAUACAUAGCUUACGGCGAGUAAACUCCUCAUUCUCAUCUGAGCUUACAGUAGGAGGAUGGCCGGAGGAGGCGGGCGGCUUGCGCUGGUGGCGGCGCUGCUGUGCGCGGCGGCGGCCAUGGCCGCGGCGCAGCAGGCGUCCGGCGUGCGCGCGACCUACAACUACUACCGCCCGCAGAACAUCAACUGGGACCUGAACGCCGCCAGCGUGUACUGCGCCACCUGGGACGCCGGCAAGUCGCUCGCGUGGCGCAGCCGGUACGGCUGGACAGCCUUCUGCGGGCCCGCCGGCCCCACCGGCCAGGCCUCGUGCGGGCAGUGCCUCCAGGUGACGAACUCGGCGACGGGGGCAUCGACGACGGUGAGAAUAGUAGACCAGUGCAGCAACGGCGGGCUGGACCUGGACUACGACACGGCGUUUAGCAAGAUCGACACCGACGGGUCGGGCGUCCGGGACGGCCACCUCACCGUCAGCUACCAGUUCGUCAACUGCGGCGACGACAACUGAAACUGAUGACGACUACUCCAUCACCAGUACUAGCAGCAGCAGCUGCUGCUGCACGUACGUACAGGAUUAUAUUAUGUAACCCCACAUGGCGAAAUUAAACUUGAAGGAUGCAUGAAUAAGUGGGAGUCUAGUAGUGCAAAUAAAAAGCUUUAUUGUUGUUGAAUUAUAUGGAAUAAAAAGUUACUUGCAGCAUCUAUCCUCUUGAACUGGACUCCACUCCAAAGAGGAUAAUAGCUUUUUGUUUUA